CAAUUCGAAAUUCAAAAUGGCUGUCAUGCACAGAGCUUUGUUUACAUGGUUGACAAUUUUAGUGUUUUUAAUACUCUUAGUGUUGAGAUUAGAAUAUAAAGUGACGUGGAAUUGGUUCCUGAUAUUCAUUCCAUUAUGGCUCUUUGAUUGUGUGGUUCUUUUGUACAUUACAAUCAACAUGAUCCGCCAUUGUCGACGGGGUUUCGACCGAAAUGACGUUUCCAUGAGACGAAAAGUGUAUUACAUGACUGCGGUUCUUCUUAAAAUGACAUUCCAGAUUUUGUUGUGUUUACGUUUCGAGUAUUUCAACUUUAUCUCAUUGUAUAUGGCAAUGAUUCCAUUUUGGGUGCUCUUGACGGUUUCUUGUACUGAUAUUUUCAUAGGUCUUGUCAAACUCUGAAUUGUGUGAUGCCAUCAUCAUAUGGAUCAAUUCUGAACAAGAACAUUAAUGGCACAGUCAGAAUUCAGUUUGGCAGCUUGGGAAGUUUUUGAGAAAUUUUCAUUCAUGUGAGUGCUUAGCUUUCGAAAAUGUGCUGAAUUUGAUAUUGAAGACAAGCUCUUUAACUGUGAACUCUCCGAAAGGGAUGCCGAGGUGUGACAAAAGCUUCAUCAAGUACUUGGAUGUGUAUCUAACAACUAGAUCUAAAUACAAGACACAGUAAAGGUCAACUGUUUGACCUGCUAAUUUAAAUGAGGUGUGGUCUAAUGCAGACUUAGCCAAUUAAAUUGAGUGUUAUAAUCAUUAAAUGUGCAAUUUCACCAAGAUGUGUUGUGAUUGGCUCAAAUUAACACUUAUUAAAGUAAAUCUGUCAAGCAAGAUUGCUAGAUCCUAUGGUGAGAGCAUUAGGGUGGCUUUAGUUGAAUUUUUAAUGACUUUUUUCUAUUAACCCUUUAAACACUAGUUGUCAUUCUACCAGUCACAUAUUUUGUGAUUUAUACCCGACAGGUGGUGACGCAGUUGUUACAAAGUGACGUCCAAUACAGUAGCGCUUUGUUUUUAUUUUACAAAUCAGUGUUCAAAGGGUCAAGGACCAUAAUUUCCAAAAUGUUUACUCAUUACAUGUGAAAUAAGAUUUGUAUAUGGAUAUGAUAUUUUUAUGUAAUAAAUUUUGAUGUUAUU